CGUCUUCCCUGUCAAUUACACCGCAGGCGAAAAUUGUCACUCCAUGCACGCAUAAGGUUUAUAGCUACAAGUGCGUUUCAUACGAGCAAAAACGACCCAGUCACACAGCGCCGAUGAUACAGUUGAAUUAUCCAACGUUGAGGAAUAUCCAUCAUUUUGGUAAUGCGCUGUUUGGUGACAAGAAAAACAGCGGAGUGAGUGCCUAGUGCAUGUGCAUGACGUCACGCCACAGUGCGUCUUGAGUUAGACGCGCAAGGCUUGACUUAAAUUUAGCAAAAGUAUCUAUAUCCUCUCAAACCUCCAGCGAUCCUGCCCGGUGGGAAUACGAGGACCAAAAUCAGCCGACAUACGACCAACGGCGAAUGGCGUAUAUGUGGUGAAUAUCAACCAAGAAGGUUCCCUAUCGAAUAUGUAUUCGGAAAUGAAGUCAUCAUAUGAAUAUGAGAAGAAAACAGGGACCCCUUGAACUGAAAAAGGCGGGUAGCAAUUGAAAGAAAGGAUUCAUCGAAAAAAAAAAGACGUAACCCUGGAGGAUAAAAAACGUAUUUUAGGUCUUCAAAGAUGGGAUGUUAAGAUGCUACAAUUGCACGUACUUGCCUUUAUUACUCUCGCCUGUUUGUCAAGCCAGUCUGAGGAGACAGGUAGACACACCAAGCGGUUUCAAAUUGAACAAGGUGUCCUAGCAACAGAACAUUUCGUUGGGACAAAACGUGAAAAUGAAACGUUUAGUAUCAUCGACCGUAUGGCGCACUGGAGAGUCCCAGGGAUGUCACUGGCCGUUAUGACGCACGAGGAGGUGAAAUGGGCGGCUGGCUAUGGUCACGUGACAAACGGUGGUGUUGCAGUCGACACCAACACGUGGUUCCAGAUUGGUAACAUCAAUGAAAUGGUGACAGAAGCUUUAGUCAUGCAACUAUGGGCAAAUGGGACUCUGAAUCUAGAUGAAGACGCCAAUACAUAUCUUACCACAUGGCAGAUUUCUAGCGGAAUGUCCGCUGGUUCACCCGUAACAGUUCGAGAGUUACUCAGUCAAACACGGAGUUUGGAGCCCCAGUGUUUCAAGGGCCACAACGGAAAUUACCGGUUGGUAAGCACUGACCAUGUAUUGGACAGCACACGGCCAGGACACAAUGAACCAGUGAAACAACCCCUCGAACCAGUUUUAACCUCUGGCUCAGGUUCCCCCCAAGUACAUUCUGGUGGAAGCCUUGUGGUGCUGCAAAAAAUUCUGGAAGACAUUUAUCAAAAGCCGUUUGCCAUCUUAGCUCAAAACGAGCUCUUAACCAAUGGUAUGUCCGAAAGCACCCUCCCCGACCUUGACAUUGGUAAUGUGGCACGUGGUCACUCCUGUCACGAAGAAAAAGCUGCCGAGGUUCAAGACAGAAGGAGAGCACACCCAAAAGAAUGGUGGGUUAACUGUCAAGAAGUGCUGCGGUACUUGUCACACAUAACCCGUAGUCUGAAAAUCCCUAACAACUCAAUAUCUAAUAUACAAAUAAAAACAAGCUGGGAAAUGUGGACACCUGGUCGCAAGAAUGCGGGAAAGAUGAACGAAUCAGGAGCGACGGUAUUUAACGGUUUUUAUCAUUUAGGUCAUAGUAAGGGGUAUUGCUCCUUGGUUGUGGGGACCGGAGACGGAAGGGGCGUGGCUGUCUUCACAAACCAGGACUGUACCUAUGGAUUAUAUUUAAUAGCAGAAGUCUACAGAACAGUGCUUGUUCAGUAUAAGUGGCACGACAUCUUGCUGCCUGGGGAUUCGGUUUUGGACGUUCUUACCCUACGCGUGGCGGUAAAGCUGCCUACCAAAAAUGACACCAGUUUUGAAGGAACGUACAUUCUACCCGAUGGAAUAUUUCCACCUUCCAUUGCCCUGGCAAACGUUUCAGCUGGAUGUGUUCUAAGGAAUGCUUUCAGUUCAGAAGUGGUUGUGACGUCAUCCAGGGUUAAGUUUGGAGAGAGGUGUAGUGUGCCCUACUAUCCAUGUGCCUAUAAAAAGGAUAGAUACUGCCCUUUUCUAUAUGCCUACAAUCCAGGCGUCUCAACGACCUUCACCUUUGCACGAGCGUCAGAUGACACCAUGACGGUGACUGGUAUGGUGUUGUACCUACCAGAUGGCAGCAAAAUUGUCGCUCAAAAAGCAGAAUACGUUAGCAGCCGAAAGAUGAAAAUUGGUAUAAUCGCCGGGGCCAUUAGCAUUAUUUUAAUUUUUGCAGCUGUUGUAGUUCUUUUUGUUGUGAGGAAGUUGGUGUUCCAAGCACGAAGCCCCCGAAGAACAAGAAGAAGAGAGUACACUCCAUUUAAUGAUCCUAACGAUCUGCUGUUUUGAUUCUCUGUGCUGCAAUGGUGGAAGUUG